AUCUCGAUCCGUCACCGUCAAGCGAUGUCAACUUCACGUGCCAAAUUCACAAUUUGGUUUGACAGCUACAUCACAAAUUGAAAAUAUUUGAAAAACCGGCGAAUUCAUAAAUAUUUCAUCCAGUAAUAUUAGUUUUAGACUGCAGUGUACAUUGCUUACCUUAGUUGGACGUAUAGACGUGAAUGUAAUGUAGUGUCAGCACAUACUGCGAGCUUAAAUAUUGCACAAUAAUACAGUUCGUUACAUGGGCACUAGCGUAGCCUCAAGUGUUCCAAGAUGCCUGGUCAUUCCGCUUCUGAUGAGGAUAAGCCUUGCCGGGCGUGUUCAGACUUCAAGACGUGGGCCAAAAGUCAGAAUAAAGUGACUUUCACAUCACCGAACAAACAGCCUAGUCCACAACCCAAAGAUUGUCCUCUAGACAAGGAUGAGUUAGGUACAGCAACAUGGGGGUUCCUACACUCAAUGGCAUCAUAUUAUCCCAAAAACCCGACUAAGAAACAAUCAGAAGACAUGACAAAAUUUUUUAAAAUCUUUGCAGAGUUCUACCCAUGUGAGCCGUGUGCAUUGGAUUUCCAGGCAGAUUUGAAAAAGCAUCCACCAAGGACAGAAAGCCAAGAUGCCCUAGCAAAAUGGUUAUGUGAGCGUCACAACACAGUCAAUGUCAAACUUGGCAAGCCUGUGUUUGACUGCUCCAAGGUGCAUGAAAGGUGGCGAGACGGCUGGCUGGAUGGAUCCUGUGAUUAACAGCCGUCUUCACAGACCAAUGUUAAGUAUUGAUCAAUAAGUGUUCUAAUGUUGUUUACAUCUUGCUGUAAGUCUUUGGGCCCAUGAUUGUGAUACUAUAGUUAAGUACUAUAUUUAUUUUAUACCUCAGUAAAAGAUGUACAAUAUGAUUUUUUUUAUUUUCCUUAUAUUAGUGCUGUAAAUACAACCACUGAGAUGCUCAAUUUAACUCUAUGAAAUCGAUGUUGGAAUGAUGUAAUUUUGUAUUAUACUGAAAUAUGUUUUGUUAAUGCCUUAUUGCAGUAUGAACACAUUUGUCUGUGAACACUAGUUAGUGAACAUUUGAGGCUCUGAGCCAAGUAUUAGAGAGUUGUAAGUAAUGUUAGUUCAGUGUAGUAGUCACUGUGUAUUCAAGCAAUUUGUGAUUUUCAUUCAUUAGACAGAGUUCAAAUGAGUUUUUGUACAAUUGUAUAUGUGUCAGUGUACCUAAAUGUUGUUACUAUCUGUUAAUUUUAAUAUAAUAAUGACACACUCUAUUGAGUA